AUGUCGGACGAUGUCGACAUUCAACAGGAAAUUCUGCAACGGACUCUGCAGGAGGUAGGAGGGCAGCAGGAGCGUGACGAGGUGGCUAAUCCAUGCGUCAUCUGUUUGGAGCCCGUCUCAGAAUGCGCUGUCGCCGUGCCCUGUCAACAUGCAAACUUCGAUUUCCUGUGCCUGGUGAGCUGGCUGGAGCAGCGACGCAGUUGCCCUCUAUGCAAAAGUGACGUCGAAUCGGUGAGAUACGAUCUCAACAACCGUGAAAGUCCGAAGGUUUACCGGCUUCCUCCUCUUCCUCCACAGGCUGCUGCCGGUACUACGAGUGGUGCCUCGUCAUUCACUACAGCCCCCCACCCACGAGCAUCUGCGUUUGGCGGCUCUCGCCGGCAGCGACGCCCUCCAAGCCCACGGCUGCAGGCACCCGACGACCCUCUUCUCCGCCGACAGAAUGUCUAUCGCCACCAGUUAUAUUCCCUCCGAGUCGGGUCGAAUCGCGUCUCGCAAUAUCGUGAAUUCACCCCCGAUAUGUUCAAUCGCGACGAGGGAUUGGUGUCGCGCGCCCGCAAGUGGAUCAGGCGCGAGCUUAGGGUCUUUGCCUUCCUGAAUCCGGAAACGGAGACAGAGACGCCAAAUCGCGGGCGGAUGACUCGUCCUGGACAUCAGAGGCUAGAGAAUCGUCGCGGAAAAAACGCUGAGUUUCUCCUCGAGUAUGUCAUUGCUAUUCUGCGCACGGUGGACAUCAAAGGCAGUGCGGGCCAGGCAGAGGAACUUUUGCGGGACUUCCUUGGGAGGGAUAAUGCGCGUCUCUUUCUGCAUGAGCUGCAGGCCUGGCUUCGGAGUCCUUUUACUUCCCUCGAAGACUGGGAUCGCAAUGUUCAGUAUGACGAAACCCCGAGAGCUGGUGCUAGUACUACCGCUCGUCGAGAUUCUAUGGCUUCCGAUCGGACAUCGACUCCGGUGCACCGAGGUCGAGGUCGCGGUCGCGGUCGCGGUCACGAUCGUGGGUUCCGCGGAAGAGUAUCCAAGCCUCACUAUCCACGAGGAUGGCAAUCUGAGGGCAGACCUCAGGACGCCUUGGCGCAGGCACGGCGGAUACAGCAUGCGCGAGAUCGAUACAUUCCUGAUUAA